AAGCUCUCCCGUUAUCCUGUUAUUCAGAGUUCAGAGUUAUUCCCAAUUGGAACUCGACGCACGGCGGAGAAAACGGCGGGGUCCUUAAAGUAAAACUUGUUUUUUUUUUCGUUUAAAUGCUGAGCAACAACCACCUGCCGUAAAUCCUGGCUAAAUCAGACUCCUCAUUUGGAAUCUCGCGUCUUCGUCUUUUGGGUCCUUGUUGUUUACCAUUUACCGUUAUCCGUUAUCAGUUACCGUUAUUCGACAUUUGUUGUUUUCUGUGCGCGAGUUGUUUCGGUUAUAUAAGUGAGAAAUUCCAACCAGGAUAUAUAGAAACAAAAAAAAAAAAAAAACUAUAUUUCGUAGGACAUCUUAACACCUGCCGAGCAAAAAAGACUAAAAAAAAAAAAAAAGCAGCUAGCAGCACUGCGAUGGCGUCUUCUACUAAUGCACCGUUAUCACCUGCAAUUAAGCACUAACAAAAGCACAACAACAAUAAAAACAACAAUAAACAAUAAAACAACAACAAAAGGAGUAAUUACUAAAUAAAAAGAAAAGAAACAAAAAAUAUUUAUUGAAAAAAAAGAAAGCAAAAAUGCUUUUUAUUUAGCGUCCGAAAAGUAUGCAACGAAAAAUGGUCAACGGGAUUUUAGUUACCUGAACGCAACAGCAGGUGGCGUGCCUGAAGAACUAAGCCGUGUGCGAUAGAGUGGGCGAUAGAGCUAGAGAGCGAGACCGAGAGCGAACGGAAACGGAAACGGAAGUGAUAGAGCACUUUUUAGCCUUCCACACAGACACAUCCUUACACACAUCCUAUACACCACCCACCACGGCACUGACACCUAGAAUUCUUAAAAAAAAACUCUAAAAAAAAGUAUUAAUUAAUUAAUAUAUAAUAAAAAAAUAAAUAAUAAUCAUGGCCAACACAGCUCAGUUAUUGCGGCGCCAAAGUUCACGGGAUAUAGUGCUUAAAAGCCAAAAGAGUAUCGAUCAAUUGGAGUUACGGGAAUUACGAGGACGUCUGGUACCCAAGGAGCAUGGAGUUAGCCACCAUCAUCACACAUCCUUGCACCACCAUCAGCCGCUGUAUGGAGCCACCAACCAGGGCUUCAUGUCCGAUGCCUUCGACGAGUCCUCGGAACUGGAACAGGAUCCUCCUCCUUUCGGUUCGGAGGCGAGUACUUCGAAGGCCAAGGCCGAACUGGUGGCCAAUGCCUCGGCGGAUCAGCAGCAGGACAUUGUUGAGGGCGAGAAGGAGGGCGAGGAGCGUGAAAGUUGGGACAGCAAGAUUAUGUUUCUGUUGGCCACGAUCGGCUAUGCUGUUGGCCUUGGCAAUGUCUGGCGCUUCCCGUAUUUGGCCCAAAAGAACGGCGGAGGUGCCUUUCUCGUCCCCUACUUCAUAAUGCUGUGCAUCCAGGGCAUCCCCAUCUUCUAUCUGGAACUCGCCAUCGGCCAGAGGCUGCGAAAAGGCGCCAUCGGAGUAUGGAGUCAGGUGUCCCCCUAUCUGGGUGGAAUUGGAAUCUCGUCGGCGGUGGUCAGCUAUAUAGUGGCUUUGUAUUACAACACGAUCAUAGCCUGGUGUCUGAUCUACUUGCUGCAUAGCUUCGAGUCGCCACUACCCUGGGCGGAUUGUCCGACCCGACUGUACAAGAACUAUACCUAUGAUCAUGAGCCGGAGUGUGUGGCCUCGUCGCCCACACAGUUCUAUUGGUAUCGCACCACAUUGCAGUGCUCGGAGAGUGUUGAUAUGCCGGAGAACUUCAACUAUCACAUGGCUAUUGCCUUGAUUGUCUCCUGGUUUCUGGUCUACAUCUGCAUGGUCCAGGGGAUCACAUCAUCCGGGAAAAUAGUCUACAUGACGGCCAUCUUUCCGUACGUGGUGCUCAUUAUAUUUUUCUUCAGAGGCAUCACCUUGAAGGGAGCCGCCGAUGGAGUGGCUCAUCUGUUCACACCACGCUGGGAGACCCUCCUGGAUCCGGUUGUGUGGCUGGAAGCAGGGACGCAAAUCUUUUUCUCAUUGGGACUGGCCUUUGGCGGCCUGAUUGCCUUCAGUUCAUAUAAUCCGGCCAACAAUAAUUGCUACAGGGAUGCCAUUUUAGUUUCACUCACAAACUGUGGCACUUCCAUGUUCGCUGGAGUUGUGGUCUUUUCGGUGAUUGGAUUCAAGGCCACGGCCACUUUCGAUCGAUGUACUGACGAGAGGAAUAGUCUCAUGGCCCAGAACAAGACCCACAACCUGCCAGUUUGUGAUUUGCAAACAGAACUGGCUAAUAGCGCCUCGGGCACUGGCCUGGCUUUUAUUAUCUUCACGGAGGCCAUUAAUCAGUUUCCCGGCGCCCAGCUCUGGGCUGUCCUAUUUUUCCUGAUGCUCUUUACUCUCGGCAUCGAUUCGCAGUUUGGGACACUGGAGGGUGUCGUUACUUCGCUGGUGGACAUGAAGCUGUUCCCCAACCUGCCCAAGGAAUACAUUGUGGGAGCACUCUGCUUCUCCUGCUGCCUGAUCUCGAUGUGCUUCGCGAACGGUGCUGGCAGCUACAUCUUCCAAUUGAUGGACAGCUUCGCCGGCAACUUCCCACUGCUGAUCAUCGCCCUGUUUGAGUGCCUCUCGAUAAGCUAUAUUUAUGGAGUGCGCCGCUUCUCGGAUGACAUCGAAAUGAUGACCGGUUCACGGCCAAGCUUCUACUGGAUGUUCUGCUGGAAGUAUCUGUCGCCGUGCGCCAUGGUCACCAUACUGCUGGCCAGCUUUUAUCAGCUCCUCACAGAGGGCAGCAGUUAUCCGGCCUGGAUAGCGGCCAAAGGAGCUACCGAGUCCAUGGAGUGGCCGCAUUGGUGCAUCGUUAUAGCCUUCUUCCUCAUACUCUCCUCGAUUCUAUGGAUACCGAUUGUGGCGGUGUUGCGUCUCUGUGGCAUCAAGGUGGUGGAGGACUCGGAUCCCGCCUGGUUCCCCGAAGCUGAGCUCAAGGAAGUCCACGGCAUCGUCCCGCACGAACCUACCGAACUGGAGCGCAGCAUUUUCUGCUUCAACAUGGACGGAACGGAGGGCAUGUGCUGCCCCAAAUACGGACUACCCGAGAAGUCCCUGGAGGAGGAGGAGUAAUGCACCCAAGUCGGUAAACAAUUUAGUUAUAAUUUAGUUCUGGCCACAAACACAACGAGGACAAUAAAAUGAAUAUUUUUGAGGUCAAGAAGAGAUAAUCCGAUUGAACGAAAAACUACAAAAUCUUUAUGUAAAUAUGGACAAUAACUAAGCACUCACCGAUGUUAGGCGGCGUCGAAUUAACACUUCUCUCCUAUAUGGUCCCAAAGACUGUUAAAAAAAAAUAUUAAAAAAAAAAUAAAACCACAAAAACAAUAAGGAAAAUAGAAAUAUUAAACAGAAAGAAAUGGUGAAAACUCGACGCUGGAUGCGCGGUUUCAUUCAAGCAUUAAAAAUAAAUACAAAAAAAAAAUGGAAAAAGAAACCAUAACCAAAAAAAAAAAAAAAGAAAAAUGUUUAGAAAUAUUUCCGCAUAACUUCAUUAGCAUGUAGCCAAAGUCAUAGUUAUAUGAUUGUUAAUUUUCUUUGCAUUUCCCCCCAAUUCGGUUUCCAUCAAAAGGGCAACCCAGAAAUAGAGAGAGUAUUGUAUUAAUUAUAUAUAGUAAUGGCGUACCAUUUUUAGGGGCCCCACACAUAUCCAUAUUUGAUUUCUCGAUAGCCCAACCAACCCAAAAAAAAAAAAGGAAAAAUGCAAAGAGAAAUUGUAAACAACUUGCUGACUAUAUACGAUAUAACUAUACAAAUAAAAGAAUGAAAAAUAUAUAUAAAAUAUAUAUAGAAAUAUGACAUUAUGGAAAGCUAUAUUCUAGACUUGAUUGUCGGCACACAGAAAGAGUUAUGAUUUGGUUUAUUAUUUUUGUGUGCCGGCGAUAUAUGUAUUUGAUUUUGGACUCGAUUUUUGACCAUAUCAUGCGAGCAUAGGGCACCACCUAUAAGAGAUAUAUAAUAUAAAGGAUAUAAUAUGACAGUUCACCUAAACAAAUAACUUCUCUGUUGUGAUCAGCGCUCGGCUUUCUGUGUUUAAUUGUUGUUAAAAUAUAACAAAGGAUGUAAUGUUACCUAGUACAAGCCAUACAACUCAUAUCACAUCCGCAACUAUGCUUACAAAUAUUAUAAACCUUAAAGUUUUAAUGUUGAAAAGAGUAUGAUAAAAUAUUGGAUAAAAUGCGUUAUGUUUUUGCUCUAAUCGAAGUGUUAAAUUAAAAGAAAAAACUUGUUGAAAACGAAAAAUGCCAUAUAGCAGCUGCUCCUCCACUCCUCCACACACAUUGUACUUAUGAUCUACAGAAUUAGUUAGAGCCAAAAUGGGGUGAUAGAAGCAUUAUACAUAUAUUAUAUCUAUAUCUGUAGAUAUAUAUCUAUAGAUAUUAAUUUCAGCAAAAACGCAACCGUUCAACUAGACCGAAGGCCCGAUAACGAAACAUAAGGUGGAACUCUAUAUAUAUACUAUAUACAUAUACAUAACUGAAGAAGUCACAUUUUUAUCACUGAUCUGAUAUCAUUGCAAUUGAAGAACUAUUAUUAUAUAUAUAUUAUAAAGAGAAUAUAUAAAUGUAUAUUUAUAUUAAUGUGUGUUGAAAUGCAGUUAGCUAUUGAUUUGUAUUAUAAUUCGAUAUUUAUUUAUGGUAUACUUAUACAUAUACAUCGAUAUAUAUAUAUAUACAUCUAUUUAGAACGAAAGAAAAAACAGAAAAAAGCAUAUUAUAUACAUGUAUUAAGUGUUAUUGAUGUUGACAAUAAAAAAAAACCCAUACGAAACAAGUUUUAAACUAAAACGAAACAAAUGAGAUAUAGACAACCUUCUAAUCCCCCACAAAAAAAAAAAAAUAAAUGAAAUUAAAAAAUCAAAAAAC